AUGACGUUGCGUCAGGACACGAAAAUCACCUUAGACCGACUGUUCCCCGCGCCCACUUCACGCCCAUGCGCCCACUCCACCCCACCCCCCCAUGCGCCCCAUUCCAUACCCACGACCAUUCCAAGCCCCCGCCCCCUUUCCACGUCCUCGGGCUCACUCCACGCCCCUCUGCCAACUCUACCCUUCAACCUACUCUACGUCCCCACUUCUCCUCCACUCUCCCGUGCCCACUCUAUGCCCUCGCGCCCACUCCCCCCCCACUCCCCACGCGCUUACUCCACGCCUCCAACUCCUCUCUAUGCCAUCACUCCUCGCCCAUCGCACGCCCUGUCUCCCACUCCACCCCAGCCAUGCCUAAUCCACACUCCACGCCCACUCCAUCGCCCUCCCGCCUCCCUCCCACACGCCCGCCCCUCUCGACGCCCCUCUCUCCAGCGGCGAAUCCAGGUCGAGAGAUGUGAUAAUUAG